AUGACUUUGAAUAGAACUUUACUUUUACGUUUGAAUGAUGAUGGUGAGCCGAUAACGAGUUCUUCCUAUGGUAAAGGUGUGUUGACUUUGCCCUCUUUACCCCUACCGGAUUCAGCUCAUGCUGGAACACCAUUAUAUACUGUUAGAUUGCUAAUUGCUGCUGGAUCUCCCAUAUCGAGAGAUGGUCUGGUUUGGACUAAUUGUCCCCCUGACUCGAACACUGAAUUUCAAAGGGAUAAGUUCUACAAGAAAAUUAUCCAUACAAGUUUCCAUAGAGACGAUCAAAUUGCCUUAGAUAUCUAUAGACCUGGACCUUAUUGUUUCUAUCUAUCGUUUAGAAAUGCAAAGGACGAAUUGGAGACUACGAGGAAGUUCUAUUUUGUAGCAUUGCCUAUCUUGAAGAUUAAUGGUAAUUUCCUACAAUUGAACUCAAUUGCUAUGCAAAGUGUCGUUUCUAAAUGGCUGGGAAGAUCUGUCACUGAUGACUGGGACAAAAUCUUCCAAAAGAUUGCGUCUAAGAAAUAUAAUAUGAUCCAUUUUACUCCGUUACAAUAUCGUGGUGAAAGUGAUUCUCCUUAUUCAAUAUAUGAUCAAAUGUCAUUUGAUCCUAAUUUCUUUGAUUCCACCGAUGAUGUCAAGAAGAUGGUAGAACAUUUACACAAGGACUACAACAUCUUGUCAUUGACAGAUAUUGUAUUUAAUCAUACAGCCAAUAAUUCAGAAUGGCUACUAGAUCACCCUGACUCCGGUUAUAAUCAAUCCACAGCUCCACAUCUUACUCCAGCCAUUGAAUUGGAUGAAUCUCUUCUAGAAUUUAGCCAUAAUUUGAAAAGUUAUGGCUAUCCCACACACUUAAACUCAGAAGAUGAUCUUUUCAAAAUUAUGGACGGUAUUAAAGUUCAUGUCCUAGGUGCACUAAAGCUAUGGGAAUUUUAUGCUAUAAAUGUGAAGGAAUUUCUAUUGGAAAUAAGGUCACAUUGGGAUAGCGUAAAAACUGAUGAAGAAUUUCAAAAAAUCGAGGAUGCAGAUAAUAUAACGAAUAUGGCUAAAUUCAUUUGCCAGUAUGCAACGGACGAUACAAAACUAUAUGCUAUUUCUAAAAGAAACAAUAAUUCAAAAAUUUCUAUUGAAAAAUUAAUCAAAAUUUUGAAAACAAAUUAUGGCAACAAAUAUAAUGAAACGAAGUGCAAUAAAAUAUUAGAUGAAAUUAAUUUACCAUUGUAUCGUUCUUAUGAUGAUGAUGUCAACGAAAUUCUAGAACAAUUAUUCAAUCGUAUCAAAUAUUUAAGGUUAGAUGACAAUGGUCCGAAACAAGGUGAAAUUACUGAUAAGAAACCUUUAUUUGAGCCAUAUUUUACAAGAUUCACUGGAAGAGAUGGUAAAAAAUACGCUCUGGCAAAUAAUGGCUGGAUAUGGGAUGGUAAUCCAUUGGUUGACUUUGCAUCUUCGACUUCAAAGGCAUACUUACGUAGAGAGGUAAUUGUAUGGGGUGAUUGUGUGAAGUUACGUUACGGUAAUGGUCCAGAGGAUUCACCUUAUCUAUGGGAAAGAAUGUCCAAGUAUAUUGAAAUAAAUGCGAAGAUAUUUGAUGGUUUUAGAAUUGAUAAUUGUCAUUCAACCCCAUUGCAUGUCGGUGAGUACUUCUUAGAUCUAGCUAGGAAAUUUAACCCUAAUUUAUAUGUAGUGGCAGAAUUGUUUUCUGGCUCUGAAUCUUUGGACUGUUUGUUUGUAGAAAGAUUAGGUAUUUCCUCCCUAAUCAGGGAGGCAAUGCAAUGCUGGUCAGAGGAAGAGCUUUCAAGAUUAGUUCAUAGACAUGGUGGAAGACCGAUCGGUUCUUACAGGUUUGUCCCAAUGCACGAUUUUCCAUUUCCAGCUGAUAUUAAUGUGGAUGAAGAGUAUUGUUCUUACGACCCUAAUGACAACUCGAUGAAAUGUGUUUCUGAAAUUAUGAUCCCAAAAAUAUUAACCGCUACCCCUCCGCACGCCCUAUUUAUGGAUUGUACUCAUGAUAACGAAAUGCCAUAUCAAAAAAGAACUGUUGAAGAUACUUUACCAAACGCCGCAUUGGUCGCAUUAUGCUCAUCUGCCAUUGGAUCAGUAUAUGGUUACGACGAAAUAUUCCCAUAUCUAUUGGAUCUUGUUAAGGAAUCAAGAGUAUACGAAUUUAAGGAAUGUGACGGCAUUGGUAAAGUCAAGUCUUUGCUUAAUGAGAUUAGAGAAAAUAUAAGUAUGAAAUCAAAUGAUAUUGAAGACUCAGAAAUGCAUGUGCACCAUGAGGGGCAAUAUAUUACUUUCCACCGUACUGAUGUAAAGACAGGUUCUGGUUGGUAUUUAAUUGCAAGAAUGAAAUUUCAUGAAAAUGAGGCUGAGCAAGUAUUACCUCCUGUCAUUUUAAACCAAUCUAAGUGUGAGCUCAAAUUUUCCUACAGUCUAGAGAAAAUUGGAUCAGUUGAAGAAACCCAGGAUACUCAAAAGAUUAAAGGUAUUCCAACAAAAUUGAGGAAAUUAGAAGGCUUCGACAUCAAGUAUGAAGAGAAGAGUGAAACAUCCACAAUUAUUAUUCCAGAGGAUUUCCCAACAGGUUCUAUUGCAAUAUUUCAGACUCAGCAGAAUGGUAUAGACUCCGCACUGGAUCACUAUAUUAGAUCUGGUGCAUUGAAAGCAACAAAAAAUUUAACUCUUGAAUCGUUGAAUUAUAUCUUAUUCCGUUCUGAGAGUGAAGAACUAGAUUCAAGUAAUGGCAAGGUGGGCGCUUAUGACAUACCUGACUUUGGAAAGUUAGUUUACUGUGGUCUUCAGGGUUGGGUAUCAGUUUUACAGGGAAUCAUGUUUUACAAUGACCUUGCUCAUCCAUUGAGCAAUAACUUACGUGCAGGUACUUGGGCUCUUGAUUAUGUUGUAAAUAGAUUAGAUUCUUACAAAAACGAACCAGGUGUUACAGAGGUUCAAAACUGGCUACGUUCCAGGUUUGAAAGAGUCGAAAAACUACCAAGUUAUCUAAGACCAAGUUAUUUUGCCUUAAUUGUUGGUAUUUUAUAUGGCUGUUGCCGUUUACGUGCUAUGCAGCUAAUGCCACAUAAUAUAGGGAAAGCUACAGUAUUUGUCCAAAGUUUAGCCAUGACUUCAAUUCAAAUGAUUUCCACACUUAACUCAACAUCUAUUUUGCCAGACAAAAAUAUUCCAGCUAUGGCAGCAGGUUUACCACAUUUCAGUACUAAUUAUAUGAGAUGUUGGGGUAGAGAUGUUUUUAUUGCAUUCCGUGGUCUACUUCUUACGACAGGCCGGUUUGACAUUGCUAAACAACAUAUUUUAGCUUUUGCCAAAACUUUAAAGCACGGCCUAAUCCCCAACUUACUAGACGCAGGUAGAAAUCCAAGGUACAAUGCACGCGAUGCUGCAUGGUUUUUUGUGCAAGCAAUUCAAGAUUAUAUCCAUAUUGUACCAAACGGAGAAGAUAUCUUAAAAGAAAGUGUUACAAGAAGAUUCCCAUUGGACGAUACUUAUGUCACGCAUGAUGAUCCCAGAGCAUUCAGUUGCUCCACUACUAUCGAAGAUAUUAUCUAUGAAAUUUUGAGCAGACACGCAAAGGGGAUCGCAUACAGGGAAGCUAAUGCCGGCCCAAAUUUAGAUCGUGUUAUGAAAAGCGAAGGGUUCAAUGUUGAAGUGCAUGUUGACUGGUCGACUGGUCUAAUACAUGGUGGCUCACAAUCCAACUGUGGUACUUGGAUGGAUAAAAUGGGUGAAAGCGAGAAAGCCGGAUCCGUAGGUGUCCCAGGCACCCCAAGAGAUGGGGCUGCUAUCGAAAUAAACGGGUUACUGAAAAGUUGCCUAAGAUUUGUUCUAGAACUGAAUUCUAAAAACUUAUUUAAAUACACUGAAGUGACCAAGAAUGAUAAUGGUAAGAUAACUUUUGAAAGCUGGAAUAAACUAUUGCAAGAGAAUUUCGAGAAGAAGUUUUAUAUUCCGUUAGACCCAAAAGAUGACCCUCUGUAUGAUGUUGAUUGUAACAUAGUCAAUAGAAGAGGUAUUUACAGAGAUUUGUAUAAAUCUGGUAAACCAUAUGAAGAUUAUCAAUUCAGAGCAAAUUUUGCCAUUGCAAUGACAGUGGCUCCAGAAUUGUUUACACCAAAGUAUGCUGCCGCAACGUUGAACCUAGCAGAUAAAGUGUUAAGAGGGCCUGUCGGUAUGCGUACAUUGGAUCCGAGCGACUACAAUUACCGUCCUUAUUACAUUAACAGUGAAGAUUCUGAUGAUUUUGCUACUUCGAAAGGUAGAAAUUACCACCAGGGUCCUGAAUGGGUCUGGUGUACUGGCUAUUUCUUGAGGGCGUACCUCCAUUUCAACUUCCUGACUGAUCCUCGUUGCUCAAAUGACGAAAAACGCAGGCCUUCCUCAUUUUUAUAUCAACAACUAUAUCAAAGACUUGAUAAACAUAGAGACUGGAUAGCAACUAGCCCAUGGGCAGGCUUAACAGAGUUAACCAACAAGGACGGUGAACUGUGUAACGACUCCAGCCCGACACAAGCUUGGAGCUCUGGCUGUUUGCUUGAUUUGUUUUAUGAUCUUUGGAGCGCCUUUGAACAAGAAUGA